CAGCCAGGCUAGUGGAGGUUUAAAUAGAAGGCCCUAGAGCUGCGACCUAGCGCCAGCUGAGAGCCUGAGAAGGGAGCAGAGGAGAAAAGGGCCUCUGUCCUGGCAACACACGAGGGUCCGAUUAUCUGCCUGAACAGGGCUCUGCGAGUGCCUUCUUUCUGAUCCGCCAGUGGUCUGUGCUGGAGCGCUGACCAGGUUCUGAUAGCAUCUGUGUGAGAGUUGGGUCCCCUCCUGCUCCUGCAGUAGAGCUACCAUCCCGAUUCCUGGUUCCCCAGACGGCGUCCAACACGAUGACUCUGAAUGGCGGCAGUGGGGUGGGCGGGAGCCGCAGCGCGGGCCGGGAGCGCGACCGCCGUCGGGGCAGCACCCCUUGGGGCCCGGCACCCCCACUGCACCGCAGGAGCAUGCCGGUGGACGAGCGGGACCUUCAGGCGGCGCUAGCCCCGGGCUCCCUGGCAACGACUGCUGCAGGAACUCGGACGCAAGGGCAGAGGCUAGACUGGCCCGAAGGCUCCUCUGACUCCAUCAGUUCUGGAGGCAGCGGCUCGGAGGAGAGAGUUUACAAAGUGCUGCUGCUCGGGGCGCCUGGUGUGGGCAAGAGCGCUCUGGCGCGCAUCUUUGGUGGUAUAGAAGACGGGCCUGAAGCAGAAGCCGCAGGGCAUACGUAUGACCGUUCUAUCACCGUGGAUGGAGAAGAAGCAUCGCUCAUGGUCUAUGACAUUUGGGAACAGGAUGGGGGCUGCUGGCUGCCUGGCCACUGCAUGGCCAUGGGGGAUGCAUACGUCAUUGUAUACUCAAUAACGGACAAGGGCAGCUUUGAGAAAGCCUCAGAACUUCGGGUCCAGCUGCGGCGGGCACGGCAGACAGACAACGUGCCCAUCAUCCUCGUGGGCAACAAGAGUGACCUGGUGCGCUCUCGUGAGGUCUCCGUGGAUGAGGGCCGAGCCUGCGCAGUGGUCUUCGACUGCAAGUUCAUCGAGACGUCGGCAGCACUGCAUCACAAUGUCCAGGCGCUGUUUGAGGGUGUUGUGCGCCAGAUACGCCUACGGAGGGACAGCAAGGAGGAUAAUGCCCGGCGGCAAGCCGGCACUCGGCGACGGGAGAGCCUUGGCAAGAAAGCCAAACGCUUUCUGGGCCGCAUCGUAGCUCGAAACAGCCGCAAGAUGGCCUUCCGUGCCAAGUCCAAGUCCUGCCAUGACCUCUCUGUGCUCUAAGGCCCAGUGGGCCCCUUGCUGAGUGGGCCAGUGGAUGGGUGGAGGGACUGGCCCAGCUAACUGCUCUAGCUGCCUCAGAGCUGGCCCGCCCUCUGUGAUUCUCGGAACGGUCAGCUGUGCAUGCCCUGUCUCGUGGUCAUGGACAGACAGGCAGUGCUGACCAGGAAGGCAGCUGACUGUGAGAUGCAUGGGCAGGCCCAUAUGCAUACCAGGCAGCCUGAACCCAGCUUGCAGACAGGGCUCUGCCUUUUUCCACGUGCGGACAUGUGCCCUGGAGUGAGGCUGCUCUGGGGGGCUGCUGUUUGUUUACAUGCAGAUUUUUGUAAUAAACACUAU